UCAACACAGAACAAUUGUUAUAUUUUUGCUGACUGUUCUGAGAGCCAGAGAGAACAGAGCAUGGAUAUCUACACAACUUCAGAAUAUGAAAGUGGUGCAUUUAAUUUUACAGAUUUUACCAACUUGAUUACUGAUACUGAUGACUACGAACCAGACCUGGAUGGAUUAUGUAGCAAAGAACUGGUGCGACAGUUCAGUAAGAACUUUGAGCCCCCUCUCUACUGGAUCAUCUUUGUUGUGGGGGCUUUGGGCAACCUACUGGUUAUCUGCAUCUUCACAACUGUGCGGAACCGUCUCAAGACCAUGACUGAUGUCUACCUGCUGAACCUGGCAGUGGCUGAUCUUAUUUUCCUAGGUACAUUGCCCUUCUGGGCAACAAAUGCAGCUCAGGGAUGGGUGUUCCACCAGGUCAUUUGCAAAGGAGUUUCAGCAGCAUACAAAAUAAACUUUUUGCUAGUAUGCUCUUGCUCACUUGCAUUAGUGUUGAUCGCUACAUUGCUAUUGUCCAUGUAACUGAAGCACACAACUACAAAAACAAACGCAUGUUACAUAGUAAGAUUACAUGUGCUUUUGU